ACAAGAUCUUCUGGAAGCACUACGUCAACCACUUCAGCAACGUGCUGACCGUCGAGGGCGAGGCCCGAAACGCCUUCAAGGACAUCAUCCUGCAGCUCGCCAACCGGCAUCAGGGCCUGAUGCACUCGAUCCUCGCCGCCAGCAGCAAGCACAUCGACUGGGACACGCCCUACGGCCUCAAGAUCCUGCAGAGCAACCCAUCCACGAGCAAGGAGGCGCUGCAGCAGCGCUCCGAGUACCACCACGACGAGGGCAUGAAGCGCAUGUACGCCGAGAUGAACCAGGAGAUGGACAAGAGCGACCCCGAGUACAAGACGGUCCUCGCCGCGCGGUACGGCCAGAUGAUGUGCCUCCUGCUGCAGACGCGCGCGGAGGGCAACCCGCGCGGUGACCACCGGGUCCAUCUGCAGGCGUACAAGCACCUGGUGCAGCACUCGCCGCCCGAGGACUCCAGCUUCCUCACCUUCAUCACCGAGUUCUUCCAGUACCACAUCUACGCCGACGACCUCUUCUGGUUCCCCGAGAAGCGGACGGAGCGCCUCGCGUCCGAGGACUGGGAGCCGUCGGCGCCCAUCCACCCCCCUCGCCUGCUGGGCGUCGCCGACGGCCUGUUCCGCCACCUGUCCGAGAUCACCAGCAUCCGCAACGCCAUCCGCGUCAACAUGGCCGGCGCCGUCGACCCCCUGGUGGACUACACCAGCCUCUACAAGGCCGCCGAGAUCGACGCCGCCAUCCGCGAGUGGACGCCGCGCUGGCCCUCGGGCGACAGCCGCGACCGCGUCGGCCUGCUCUACAAGCAGAUGCUCUGGGUCUACCUGUUCCGCACCAUCUACCCGCCCUCGGCCCUGCCCGGCCGCCGCAGCACCAUUGGCUCGCUACCCACGGCCAUGUUCUCCUCGAUGCCGACGAACCCUCACCCUCGCCGAGCCUCGAUGGCCGCCGCCAUUGGCACCACGGCCGGCUCUCCGCUCAUGGGGGCGCGCAACCCCUUUUCCCGGUCCAAGACGACGCACAGCUGCCCGUCCACGCGCCAACCCUCGAGGACUAACUCCAUGCACGAAGGCGACCUACAACAACAACAACAACACACAGACACCGCUUCCGCCUCUGCCUCUGCCUCCGAAUCACAAACACAACGACCUUCAUCUCCACCACCCGCCCGUCGACCUGCCCAAGACGACAAGCGCAUCACCCUCGCCGUCGACGAAUCGCUGAGCCUCCUCGAGUCUUUCAAGCCCUCCGACCCCUCGCAGACGCUCCUCCUGAUCCCGUGUCUGGUCAUCGGCACGGCGUGCUUCGAGCCCGACCAGCGGUACCGCAUCCGCGCGGCCGUCCGGGCCGUGCGAGGAUACACCGGCCUCAAGAACUGCGACCGGGUCCUGGAGCUGCUCGAGGAGGUGUGGGCGCUCAUGGAGCAGGGCGACUGGGUGGCGGUCUGGGACUGGCAAAGAGUCGCGAGACGCAUGGGCCUCGAUUUCCCGUGCACAUGA